CUCCUUUUGCCAAAAAGAAAUAACAAUAUGGGCUUUAUAUUGCCGCAAUACCUCGAUUGUCCGUCAGUAUACGCCUGUUCUGAGUGCAAGGCCCACAUUGCCCGCAUUGACGAUGUCAUUUCCCGCACAUUCCAAGGUCGGCACGGCCGUGCUUACUUGACGGAGGCCGUAGUAAACGAAAAACUCGGUGCAUGCGAGGACCGGCUGCUGAUGACCGGCAUACAUACGGUAUGCGACCUUUGCUGCAUCGUCUGCGAUUCGGUCGUUGGGUGGAAGUACAUUAGGGCGCACGACAGGUCGCAGCAGUACAAGGAAGGCCGCUAUGUGCUGGAACAAUCACGGAUCUUCUAUGUUGACAAUAGAACCGAGCCGGUCUCGAGCAGCACCGCCACUGGGACCACCGGCGGCUGGCACAACAUGGGGCUGGGAGCCAGAAGCCCCUUGCUUAGCCGCUGAACAGAAGAACAGGUAUUUUCAAGA